AUGAAGUUAGCACUCUCACUCGUUGGACUCACAGCCCUGGCGGCUGCGGCACCAUCCAACAUCCGCGAUAUCGAGCCGACGAAGACAAAGCCUCUGGAGAAGCGAGCGACGACUCUGUGCGGCCAGUGGGAUUCGGUUCAGACCGGUGGCUACACCAUUUAUAACAACCUCUGGGGCAAGGACAGCGGAAGCGGCUCUCAGUGUCUUACCGUUGAUGGGGUUAGCAAUAGUCUGCUGAAGUGGUCUACAACUUGGUCUUGGAGUGGUGGGGAGACAAGUGUGAAGUCAUAUCCAAACGCUGUGCUCAGCGCGUCUGCCGCUCGAGUUUCAACUAUAUCGUCUAUCCCCUCUAAAUGGCAGUGGACCUAUACCGGAUCCGGAGUCGUGGCCAACGUGGCCUACGAUCUUUUUUCCAACGCUGACUGUGGCACCACCCCUGAAUUUGAGAUCAUGAUCUGGCUGAGCGCUAUAGGAGGUGCCGGUCCCAUCAGCGCUACCGGCUCAUCUAUCGCUACAGUCACUAUUGCCAGAGCAUCAUGGAAGCUCUGGAAGGGCACGAAUAGCCAGAUGACCGUGUUCAGCUUUGUCGCUGAAUCUGCACAGAGCAACUUCAGCGGUGACUUGAACGACUUUAUGAAGUACCUCACGCAGUCUCAGGGAUACUCUGGCUCUCAGUGUCUAUACUCGAUCGGCGCUGGCACCGAGCCCUUUGUAGGUAGCAACGCUCAGUUCACAACCACUGGAUAUAGCGUGUCCCUCUCUGCUGGCUCCUCCGGCAGUGACGAAGGAAGCAGCGGAGAUAGCGGCAGCGGCAGUCAGACAACAACAACUUCUGCUGGUCAGGCCCAACCUACUGCUAUUGGCACAGACUGUGCAGGAAUCUGGGGGCAGUGUGGUGGUGAGGGUUGGACCGGAGCUACUUGCUGUAGUCAGGGAACUUGCACCGCUUCAAACCAGUGGUACUCCCAGUGUAUCUAG